CUUCGCCUGUCUGGGAAGGGGCGAGCGGCUCGCAGACAGGUGAUGGACGCUGGCCCGGCUCGCGCGUCGCUGGUUGGGGUUCGCUUCGCCGCCAGCUCGGUCAAAAUGUAGAGGGGGGCGCUUCUCCAGGUCCCAGGAAGCCAGGAGAGGCGGCGGCGCCCGAAGGAGCCCGGCCGUCCGGCUGCAGAAGCGCCUUCGCUCACUUCGCCCCCCCCGCCGCCCCCCUUUUCUCCCUUCGCCUUCUGGGUUUGGAAGGGGGGCAGCCGCGCGCGAAGCGGCCAGCCAGCCACCCAGCUUCUCGCCUCUGCAAGGCGAACCCCGGCGCGCCACCAAGGAAGAGGCAGAGCCCGCUGCACAGGGGGAUUUAGAUGCCAUAGCAAAUUCGGAAGGAGACCUCCGCCCGCGCGCCCCCUCCCCAGAGCCCGAGGACACCCCCCCCCGCCGGUGGCUCCCUCCCCCCCCCUUGAGGAAUGGUUGUUAUUUUCCCAACCCAAGGAGGCGGGGUGGUGCGCCUCCUGCGCUGCACCGUUGAGUCGUGUGGCCGACCACAGUGAUGUGUACGCAAUGAGGAUCAGCGCAGCAUUCUGGGUUACAGGCUUUUGCUACCUGGCCCUCGUGUUUGCGGAGGAAGCGGAGAUUCCCCAAGAGUUAAUUGAAAGACUGGCUCACAGUGAGAUUCACAGCAUUCGGGAUCUGCAGCGUCUCCUGGAAAUUGAUUCCGUAGGCUAUGACGAUGCAGCAGAAACAAACUUGAUCUCCCACCCCAUUCAUUCGGCCAAGCUGUUGCAAGAAAACCACCCCAGAUCUAUUCGCAGGAAAAGAAGUGUUGAGGAAGCCAUUCCUGCUGUCUGCAAGACACGGACAGUCAUCUACGAGAUUCCUCGGAGUCAAAUCGAUCCGACAUCUGCAAACUUUCUGAUAUGGCCGCCCUGUGUGGAAGUGAAGCGAUGCACCGGAUGCUGCAACACCAGCAGUGUGAAGUGCCAACCCUCACGGAUACACCACAGAAACGUCAAGGUGGCAAAAGUGGAGUAUGUUAGAAAAAAGCCAAAAUUAAAGGAAGUUCUGGUGAAGUUAGAGGAGCAUAUGGAAUGCACUUGUACAUCGUCAAAUUCGAAUCCAGAUUUUCGAGAAGAAGAAACAGGCAGGCGUAGGCAAAAAGGUAAAAAACAGCGACGGAAAAUGUUAUAAACCUCCUUAAAAUGCAGCCAAUGACCAGAUGUAAGGUGAAAAUAAGCUAGAAAAAAAUUCUCUCUGGGACACGAAUGUACAGUGUUUGUUACAUUCCUGAACCUACUGUGUAUGGUGCUUUCUGGAUAAUACUUCACUCAUCCUCCUAUAUGGGGGGGGGAAAAAACUGGUUUAAAGAGAGGGGGAGAGAGAAACACACAAACACACCCACACCCAUACCCACACCCUUCACCAGAACACAAGGGACAAAUGUGUAUUUGUUUAAACAUGACAUCACAGCAAGUAUUGUAGCGGUCUGCAAAAUAAUACGAUGUUUCCCUGUCCAUGAAAUCAAGAGCAUGGAGGAUGCUUAAAAGAUUCCUCCAGUAAUGCAAGAAGAAGAUGAGGACAAAAAAUGAACCGAACCCUAAGUGGAGAGCAGACUUCUUAAAAACCGUCAAUGGUGCUCCCCCCCCACCCUUUUCCGGUUUAUUUUUCUCGAGAAACGUGCCUGAGGCCGGAUACUGAUGGACAGAUUCAGAUGGAGUUGAGGCACACACACAAACAACAACAAGAGCAGGAAUGUAUCAAAUGCCAUGGCAGAAACUAGAGUGUUUUUUUUAUUAUUAUUAUUAUUAUUUUGGCUUGGCGGUGAUUUAAAAGUCUAUUAAAAAAAAAUCCAUCUGGGGCGCCUUAAAUGGAUGUUUCGUUUUAUUUUGGUUUUUUUUUUACACCAUAAAGUUAUUGAGCUUUCUUUUUAUUCUUUGCCUAGCAUUUUAUUAUCUUUUUUGGACUACAUUUACCAAUAACCCAAGAUAAGAGACUGCUGUAGUGACAAUGAAAUGGGGAUCAUGCAAGACUAUGGCAUUUUUUUUCUCCUAGCGGGGUGCAGACUAAUGAAAUGUAUUAAAAUAAAAAAGGUAUACCUAUGCAUAA